CUUCUGCUUUGACUGGUGUCAACGUCACUGUGGUUUAACGGCUGAAAUGAAGACGAAAAGCUCAGAGUGAGACGGAGACACAGAGGAGACAGAGAGUGAGACGGCGACACAGAGGAGACGGAGACAGCGCGACUGAAUGACAUCAUUGUCAAACUAAAACCAGAUAGGAUGACUUCAUCAGCUGACAUCAUAACUCCAUUUUCUGUAGAGGCCUUGACCUCCAGCAGUGCCACGCCUACUGCGGACACAGACUACUCUGACUAUGAAGGUCUGAUGUGCAACCGCGCAUCAGUGCGGGAGUUCAGGCACUUCUACGAGCCGCCCCUGUUCUGGGCAAUCACGCUGGUGGGCGGAGUCGGCAACCUGGCGGUGGUCUGGAUCUACCUGCACUUCCAACGGCGGUUGAAGACCAUGACGGACGUGUACCUGCUGAACCUGGCCGUGGCUGACCUCCUGUUCCUGGUGACGCUGCCGCUGUGGGCCGCUGAGGCGCUGCAUGGCUGGAACUUCGGCUCCACCCUCUGCAAGCUGAACUCCGCCCUCUACAAGGUGAACCUGUUCAGCAGCAUGCUCCUGCUCACCUGUAUCAGCGUGGACCGCUACGUGGUCAUCGUGCAGACCACCAAGGCUCAGAACACACGGGCGGAACGGCGGCGCUGCAGCCGGCUGGUCUGCCUGGCGGUGUGGGCGGUGGCGCUGCUGCUGGCGUUACCCGAGCUCAUCUUCGCCACCACGACGCCAACGGAGGAAGUUCUGUACUGCCGCAUGGUGUUCCCAGCUCACGUGGGAAACCUGACCAAGAUCGCCACGCUGUCACUGCAGGUGACCAUGGGCUUCUGCCUGCCCUUCAUCAUCAUGGCGUUCUGCUACAGCGUCAUCGUGGCCACGCUGCUCAAAACGCGCAACUUCCAGAAGCACAAGGCCAUGCGUGUCAUCCUGGCGGUGGUGGCGGUGUUCGUAGUAUCGCAGCUGCCCUACAACGCCGUCCUGGUGGUGGAGGCGGCACAGGCGUCCAACAUGACGCUGACCGACUGCGAGCAGCUGCGGCGCUUCGAUAUAACGGGGCAGGUGCUGAAGAGUCUGGCCUACACUCACGCCUGUAUCAACCCCUUCCUCUACGCCUUCGUGGGUGUUCGCUUCCGCCGUGAUGUCAUGCAGCUGCUGCGUUGCUUCCACCGCAGACCGCUGGCCGCCAAGAGCCCGUCAGGGAAGUCCAGCAGGAGUCCGCUGAGCUCCGCCAGAACCUCAGUAAUGUCCGACUGCGACACCUCACAAGCGCUGUCAUUAUAGACGCAGCGUCCUGCCACAUCACACGCCGCCAUGUGGACCUAAACUCUGCCUUCACCUGAACUGUGUCCAGGAGGACGUCACUCCAUCAGUCGAGUCAGUGAACAUGUUCACAGCCACAACUUUGCAGAUAACAGCUCUGAAACUGACGAGAAAACACCAAACCAGCUCAUACCACCUUAAAACAAAAUGAAAUCAGUCCAUUCUACCUUAAAAUGAUGCUUGUGCUGCUUUCCCUUUUAGUUUUUCCAGUUCAUUUAAGGUGGAAUGUUCUUUCCUGCCUGUAAAAUGUGAAGCUCUUCCUGCUGCUGAUCUGGGAUGACUUGUUUGUUCUGUUUAUAUUUGUUGUUUACUUUUUGUUAUUCUGUUGUUUGUUGUUCAGUUGUUUAUUGUUCAAGUUGCUUAUUGUUGUUCUGUUGUUUAUUCUUCAGUUGUUUAUUGUUGUUCA